AUGAGCGCAAUGGAUACACCGCUCAAUGACGAAGAUAGUGGUGAUAUAUCACUUUCUUCAUCUCAUUUCCACCAACCUCAACCUCAACCCAGACGACCAAGUAGUUCUGAUCAAUCUUCUUCAAGCUUGCAACCUCAAUCUAGACCACAAGCUCAUUCGAGAGAAAGAGACGUAUCUGUACCUAAUCAGAGAUUAUUCGGUAAAUCUCUAUUUACCAGAUCUCCUGGUGUACCAGACGCAGGUCCAAGCGUACCUUCCCCUCACCAAGGUAUAGUAAACCUAAAUGAUGAGGUGGACUCACUCUCACUUCCAACCACUGGGAAUGAUCGUAGUACAAAUAAUUCCCCUUCUUCAUCUUCCUCCUCAGCCCGACCUUCAUCUUCUCGACGAUCUUCCUCGGGAUUAGGUAGAUCGCGCUCUCUAAACGUCAAGUUACCUUCCCUCUCCACCGAUGUACCCCGUCAAUCAGGACCGAACUCCUCUCUUGCCCCUUCUUCCUCCUCUGCUCAUGUGCAUAGUACACCAAGCUCGAAGAUAGGAUGGAGUAGGAGACCUGGCGAACCCCGUCCACCACCUCUGGUCAAUGACUUGACGAGUAGGAAGAUGUCGAGGUGGGUCAAGGAAGUCGUGGUGUGUAAUUUCGAUUUGGAGAGGGGUCCUGUGGUGGAACGAAGGGCGGGUGAUAGGAGGUGGGGACCGGGGGAGAAAGAGAAUGUUGCAUUCUCCUCUUUCCCUGAUACAUCCCUCUUCUCAGAAGGUUCCAUAUUAUUCUCAUUCAAGAUACGGCAUAUACCCCCAGAUCCAUCUUCCCUCACUCAACCGGAACCACCUUCCCCCAUGCCUGAUCGAGUGGUGAAAACGGUCGAAGAGGAAAUGAUAGAUCUCAAAGUGGGUGAUCCACCUGGAGAAGCCGAUGUUCUACCUGGUGGACCGGGAAAUGGCAAUGGAGUGAUUGGGACACCUGGAACGGCGAAACCUGGUGAUAAAGCUGAAGAAUACAGGAAAUGGGAUGAAAGAGGUAGAGAGUGGCUAUAUGGGUUUGUGUGGUUUGAGCAGAGACGAGACAAAGGAAUUACAAGGGGUUAUAUGCAGAAAUCCCUCGUGAUUCUCACUCAUCUCCCUUUUCCAGCACUGUUCGCAGCUGUCUUGCAGAAAGUAGCUCCUGUGUUCUUCGAAUACGGGUACUCGGCUUUGGAAGCAGCCUGUCAUUCCAUAGCUUCUUGGCCUGAUCCAACACCCGACUCAAUUUUGGAAUUACCCAUGUUAACGGAUUUGAUCAACGUCAAGUUGCCCGAUACCACCGAAUCACCGCAGAUAGGAAAGGCGUUUGGGAUAUCCUCACCCACUUCGAAACAACCUAUUCUUGCUGCCUUACCCACCUCAACGCCCCUUAGAGCCUUUGCAUCGUUCUUACCUUCCUUGUGGUCAUUAUGGGAGUGUCUUAUCUUGGCCGAACCUCUACUCAUCAUCGCACCAGAUCCCAAAACAUGUUCAGAGAUCGUAUGGUGGUUACGUGAUUUAUUGAGACCUAUUCCUCCUGCAGGUGACUUCCGACCAUACCUUCACAUUCACGACCACGAUUUCUCGCUACUUGUCAACUCGAAUAAACCCCAAGCAGGUGUGAUAGUAGGAGUGACGAAUCCCUUCUUCCGAAAUGCUGCUAGUCAUUGGCCAAACGUCAUAUCGAUACCUUCGCAGCGGACAAGGCGGAUAAUGCAAAAUGGUGCUAGUCCUGCUACGACGGCGGUCGCCAGUCCGGGAAUGAGGGACACACCUGAGGGGUUCCUAAGUAGGAGACAUAGGAGCGUGCAGAAAGACAGAGUGUUGUUGAAGCGUUUGGAAGGGUUGGUAGCUGAGGGAAAUUUGGAUGAUCCCGAAGGCAACGAAGCUCUACGGACUCAUUUCCAACAAUUGACUGAACGGUUCCUCGUACCCUUGAAUCGAUAUUUCCAAACACUCGUUCCGACCUUAUCUUCGACACCCAUUCCUUCGUCUCAUUCACCAAUACCAAAUCACAUAACAUCUCCACUCACGUCGACUUCCUCAACUUCGAUAUCAUCCAACACAUCAACAGGUUAUACGAACCAGCACACAGCAGGAGUAAUCAAACCCUUUUCUUUACCUAACUUCCUAACUCAUCUACGUAAUCAUGGACCCAAUCCAUUGUUAUUCAAGACAAAGGGACUGAGUACGAAAUCUAGAGUGGAGAGUGAUUUCUACGCUAGUUUCUGUAUGUCGUCAAGUUUUGCUAAAUGGUUGGAGAAUAGAGUCAACUCCUUGGGUCUUGCCCUUACGAACAACAACAAUAAUAACAACACGUUGAAUGUCCCUGGUCGACCGAGUACACCACAACCACAAAGACCGAAUUUGCCCAGGAGUAUAUCAGCUUCGGUCGGAUUAGGUAUAUUAGGUGGAUUACCCUCUUCGGAUGGUAGAGUGUCGCCGAAUAGUGUAGUUCAAAGUGAGAGCGAGUUGAGCAGAGUCAGUAGUGAUAGGGAUUCUUCCAGGGCAAGUGUUGAAAUGGAGAAUGGUCCGGAAGGGAAGCAACAGAGGGAAAGGGAAGGAAGUGGGAUGACGAUCAUUUCAUCUAGUCAGAAUAGGAAUGAACAAGGAGGUUGGUUCGAUACUGGGAGGAGAGCUAGUGAAGGAAUGGUCAAAUUUAAUGGUGGAGGAUCAGUAGGAAGGUAG